AUGCCAAAGCCAUCUUCGCCCUUCUCUGUUUCACCCCGCCGUCAUUUAAUUCCUUCUUUUGUAUGGACAACAGUUCUGAAACCACCUAGGAAAGAGAAGAAUGCAUCAGCGAAUCCACGAGACAACACGGAAGAUGACACAAAGUUGACGACUCUUCAGAAUGACCAAAAUUCUCUUCAUUCCAACAAUUCGUCUUCCGGAUACAAUGAUGAUGAUGAAAAAGAUAUUUCUGAUAAUAUCGAAGACAUGGAGGAAUUAUUGGAAAUGAACUUUACCCUCGAAGAUUCACAAUACCAUGAUCUCUGGAAUGCCACUACUGCUUCCGUGGCAGAGGUUGAAAAAGAUAUCAAUACAUCGUCACCCUUGGCAUCAUCAUCACCCUUGGCAUCAUCAUCACCAUUCAAAGGAAUCGACUUCAGCGUAUACAGCAACAAUUUCCCGGCGUUUUCCUUUGAUUCCUGGAAGAAUUAUUCCUCUACAUACUCAUCGUCGAAAUCCGGUUUUACAAAGGGAUUCUACAAUCCGUACGGCCACAAUUAUUCGGAUUCAUCAUCGUCAUCACGGUCCAGCAACCAUUACAAAUCCAAAGGUUCCUCGAAGAGUGAAAAUUUGACACUACCUCCUCUGCUGGAAGGCAAAGUACAACCCAACGACACUCUUACUCUAUCCGAUCUUCAGGAAAUACUACAGUACAACGGAUACGUCCGAAAAGAUGAUCUUGGUGGCGGUGGUGGUAUCUUCGGAGGAGGUGGACUGGCGUUUCGUGACAAGAGGAAAGUACCAUCAUCUUUUGAAGACGACGACAAUUAUGAUUCCUUGGUAGUAUCGUCGGACCCGAAACGACGACGAACAGAGAAGGGCGUUGCCUUUCCGCAACCAAGCAUUCUAAGUUACAGGGCACUUCGUCGAGCUACCACUUUAGUUUCUGCCACUUAUGGUAUCCUUAUUGCAACUACCAUAUUCCCGAAUCUAUGGCUCCUGGGUUUGGCCUUGGGAAGUUUCUAUGGGUAUGGAAUCUCCAACUUUUCGGGAGACGAAGAUGCUUCUCCACCCAAAGGCGUCGUGCCUAAUUUCUGUCUCGAAAGUGGUCGCAAACUUGCCAAAGGUACUUUAGAUUUGUACGACAAGUGGCAAGGAGUUUGGUUCCUCUACAAAACUGGUCAACUGAGUUACGAAUACUACAAGCAGUACGAAGCUUUGGAUAAGAGGUUUGCCAUUCAAGACAAAAUGGAUGCUUGGAAUGCUAGAUUUCAAGAAGGAAAGAUCAAGUUUGACAAUUGGGAGAAGCAAAAUGAAGUUGGGCGUACCAUGCUGGCAGGACUUCGUACGGUGUGGUUGGUCGACGAACAAGCGAAACGACGACGAGCCAAUAAGCAAAAGACAUCCAGAUACAGGGCCGUCCAGUAUUUCUACAAUCUUCAAUUUUACAUUGGCCGAGGUUGGAAACGACUUGUCACCAUGAUUCUAAACUCCAAUUCCAAGUUUUGGGGUGAGUUUGUGAGCGGAAUUCGACAAGAUAUGAAGUUUAGCGGCAUGGAUGCUUUGGGAACCCGAAUUGGAGCCGUUGUUGCUUCGUUGUUGGUCAUAUAUGCUACAGGAGCAUUGUUUGCCAUUUCCCCAUUAGUUCUGGGCGUUUUGGCGAUACUUCUUGGAGUUGUUUGGCCAUCUUGGGUUGCAGAACUUGCAGAACGAAUGCAAGAUAUAUUCGAUGAAACGAGAGCCCGAGGGCGAGGGGAUGAUGAAUACGUACCAUCCAGGGCAAGUUCCAUGAACAUGGCAAGAGUACUGGGAAGGUAUGAUAAGAAAAAGUAUCAUUACUACAAGCGUCCUGAUGGUAGUAAACGGUAUUAUCGCACAGGGCAAUCGUAUUUUCGAUUUGGAACCAGUGAGAACAACGAUUUGCGACAGGCAAUGCCGUGGAAUACAAACCCGCCAACGAAGAAGAAAGACCCACCGACGAAUACAUGGGGAAUAUUUGGAUCCUUUGCCAAGGGUGGUGGCGGUAGCUGA